GUCUCCGGAGCAACGCGGCGGCUCCGCCCCGUCAUGGCGCGGGAGGAGAGCGUGGAAGCCUCGCGCCUGCUGCAGAGUUUCGAGCGCCGCUUCCUGGCGGCGCGCGCGCUGCGCUCCUUCCCCUGGCAGAGCCUAGAAGAGAAAUUAAGGGACUCCGGUUCUGAGCUGCUGCUGGAUAUUUUGCAGAAGACCGUGAAACAUCCUCUGUGUGUGAAGCAUCCGCCGUCUGUGAAGUAUGCCCGGUGCUUUCUCUCGGAGCUCAUCAGAAAGCACGAAGCUGCUCAUGAAGAGCCUUUGGACGAGCUGUACGAGGCGUUGGCAGAGAUCCUGACAGCCGAGGAGCCCACUCAGUGCCACAGGAGCUAUCUGUUGCCUUCCGGAGACUCAGUCACACUUUCUGAGAGCUCAGCCAUCAUUUCCCAUGGCACCACCGGCCUGGUCACGUGGAAUGCUGCACUCUACCUUGCAGAAUGGGCCAUAGAGAACCCAGCGGCUUUCACUCACAGGACUGUCUUAGAGCUCGGCAGUGGAGCCGGCCUCACAGGCCUGGCCAUUUGCAAGAUGUGCCAUCCUAGAGCAUAUGUCUUCAGUGACUGUCACAGCCUUGUCCUCGAGCAGCUCCGAGGGAACAUCCUUCUCAAUGGCCUCCUGUUAGAGUCAGAUGCCACCGCCCCUGCGCAGCACCCAGGACACACCACCCACAACACAGAGAGCCCCAGGGUGACGGUGGCACAGCUGGACUGGGACAUCGUGACGGCCCCUCAGCUUGCUGCCUUCCAGCCAGACGUCAUCAUCGCAGCAGAUGUGCUGUACUGCCCAGAAACUGUCCUCUCGCUGGUCAGGGUCCUGCAGACACUCUCUGCUUGCCAGAAGGACCGGCAGGCUCCUGACGCCUACAUUGCCUUCACCAUCCGCAACCCAGAGACAUGCCGGCUGUUCACCACUGAGCUAGGGAAGGCUGGGAUCUCAUGGGAAGCAGCGCCUCGCCACAACCAGAAGCUAUUUCCCUACGAAGAGCACUCGGAGAUGGAAAUUCUGAAACUAAUGCUGUAGGUUUGCAGAUGUUUGGGGAAAUUACCAUGAAAAUUAAAUCACUUGGGAAAGAAUUUUUAUGUGGGAAAGCUGAUAAAACUUUCCCUGGACUUAAA